AAGGGAAAGCUCCGGGAUCUGCGGAACCCAAACCGGGAGGGCUGGAGCGGGGCUGUGCCCGAAAACUUUCCCGGAGUUCAAAAUUCGGGAUUUUUUGCGGCUCUGGAUGCAGGAAAAUGGAUCCCGGUUGUGUUUGAGGGGGAAUGAAUCCCUGUGGAGGCAGCGCUGGGAAGGAGCCCCAGAGCAGCUGAGAGAGCCCUGAGGAGGAGCUGCUGGAGGAGGGGACACCCCACUAACCGCACGAGCCUCCUGCCCCUACUAACAAAUGUCAACAACCCGGGAGCAGCCCAUCUUCAGCACCAGGGCCCACGUGUUCCAGAUCGACCCAGCCACCAAGAGGAACUGGAUCCCAGCCAGCAAACACGCCCUGACCGUCUCCUACUUCUACGAUGCCACCCGCAGCGUCUACAGGAUCAUCAGCGUGGGGGGCACCAAGGCCAUCAUCAACAGCACCAUCACCCCCAACAUGACGUUCACCAAGACCUCGCAGAAGUUCGGGCAGUGGGCUGACAGCAGGGCCAACACCGUCUACGGGCUGGGCUUCGCCUCCGAGCAGCACCUGAGCCAGUUUGCAGAGAAGUUCCAGGAGGUGAAGGAGGCAGCUCGUGUGGCCAGGGAGAAAUGCCAGGACAAAACUGAGCUCACCAACCCUGCCCUGAGCAUCCCUUCCCACCAGGUGCUGCCCAGCCCCAUCAUCAGCUCCAACGGGCCCGGGGAGGACAAGCUGUUCCGCAGCCAGAGCGCGGAUGUGGAGAUCAGCACCGAGAAGGAGAGGCUGAAGAAGAUGCUCUCCGAGGGCUCGGUGAGCGAGGUGCAGUGGGAGGCCGAGUUCUUCAGCCUGCAGGACAACAACUCCAAGCUGGUGGCGGCGCUGCACGAGGCCAACGCCAGCGUGGAGCAGUGGAAGAAGGAGCUGGCGGCGUACCAGGAGGAGACGGAGGCGCUGCGCCAGCGGGUGGCAGAGCUGGAGGCUCAGGGCACCCCGGAUUCCUCCAGUGACAACAACAAGGAGGAGCUGAGCCAGAGCCUGGAGGAGCUGGAGCUGCUGCUCAAGGCCAAGGAUGAGGAGAUCCAGCUGCUGAAGAGCCAGAGGUGCGGCCGCUGGGAGGCUGAGGGUGAGCGCGAGGAGACGCUGCAGAAGCUGCAGGAGCUGGAGGCCCGGAACGCGGAGCUGGAGCAGCGGCUGCAGCUGGCGGAGCAGAGCCUGGCAGAGAGCCUGGCGCAGAGGGACAGGGCGCACCGCGAGGUCACCAGGGUGGCCGAGAUCAUGGAUGUGAAGAUCUUCGAGCUCAGCGAGCUCAGGCAGGGCCUGGCCAAGCUGGUGGAGAGCAACUGAGCAGCAGCAGCAGCAGCAGAGAGCCCUGGAGAGGGGCACCUCAGCUGGGGCUGGGCACCACCCACAGGUCCUGGGGGCACCGAGGGGUCUUCUGGGCACCAAGAGCUCCUUUGGGCACCUCAGCUGGGGCUGGGCACCACUCAGAGAUCCUGAGGGCACCGAGAGCUCCUCUGGGCACCUCAGCUGGGGCUGGGCACCAUCCACAGGUUCUGAGGGCACCACCCAGAGAUCCUGAGGGCACCAACAGCUCCUGCGGGCACUGAGGGCUUCUGUGGGCACCACCAAGAGAUCCUCUGGGCACUGAGGGAUCCCGUUGGCACCAAGAGCUCCUGUGGGCACCACCAAGAGCUCCUGUGGGCACUGAGAGAUCCUUUGGACACCAAGAGAGCUCCUGUGGGCACCAAGAGAUUCUUUGGACACCGAGAUGUCCUGUGGGCACCACCGCGAUCUCCUUGUGGGCACGCAGCAGCCUCAGCCCUGUCCGGGCAGGAUUUGCCACCCACCAGCAGCUGCGUGGCCAGAGCGGGCACCAGGCCGGGCACUCCCUGCCCAGGGAGCCCCAGAGCAGGGCACAGAGCUCCUGCACCUCUCAAGGGACCUCCUGAACCCCCAAAUCCUCUCCAGGGAGCACCUGAGCUCCCAAAUCCUCUCCAGGAGCACCUGAACCUCUCCAGGGAGCUCCUGAACCCCCAAAUCUUCUCCAGGGAGCACCCUGAACCCCUGAACCUUUGCCAGGAGAACCUGAACCCCUAAAUCCUCUCCAAGGAGUA